AUGAGGCGCCUUGGCUCAGUGCAGCGGAAAAUGCCGUGUGUGUUUGUGACGGAGGUAAAAGAGGAGCCCUCCGCCAAAAGGGAACAUCAGCCAUUUAAAGUUUUGGCAACUGAAACUAUAAAUCACAAGGCAUUAGAUGCGGAUAUAUAUAGUGCAAUUCCAACAGAAAAAGUGGAUGGGACAUGUUGUUACGUUUCUACCUACAAAGAUCCAUAUUUGUACAGAUUCCAAAGAAAGGUGAUCCCACCAAAUGUGGAAAUUACCAAACAAUAUCAUUAAUAUAUCUAUAGCAAGAAUCAUGGAGCUGAAUUUUUUUGGAAUGUUGAGGAGGACUUCAAACCUGUUCCAGAGUGCUGGAUGCCAGCGAAGGGCAUAGAACAAAUAAAUGGGAAAGCAGUCCCUGAUGAAAAUGGACACAUUCCUGGCUGGGUACCAGUAGAGAAAAACAACAAACAGUAUUGCUGGCAUUCUUCUGUAGUCAACUAUGAAUUUGAAAUUGCUCUGGUCUUGAAGCCUGAUCCUGAUGAUCCAGGACUUUUGGAAAUUAGUGCAGUGCCACUAUCAGAUCUGCUAGAACAAACAUUGGAGCUUAUAGGAACAAAUAUCAAUGGAAACCCUUAUGGGUUAGGAAGCAAGAAGCAUCCAUUACAUCUUCUUAUUCCACAUGGAGCAUUUCAAGUAAGAAAUCUGCCUACACUGAAGCACAAUGAUCUGUUGUCCUGGUUCGAAGGUUGCAGAGAGGGUAAAAUUGAAGGAAUAGUAUGGCAUUGCAAUGAUGGCUGUUUAAUCAAGGUCCAUCGCCAUCAUCUUGGCUUACAUUGGCCAAUUCCAGACACUUACAUGAAUUCAAAACCAGUUAUUAUCAAUAUGGACCUGAACAAAUAUGACUAUGCCUUUGAUUCUAAAAGUUUGUUUAAUUAUUUUUCAAAAAUACAUAAUCAGAAAUUUGGUAGACUCAAAGAUACAAUGUUUGAUGUAUAA